AUGGCCACGCCACCUCCAAAUGUUCCAGGAUCGCAAUGUCCAUGCCCUAGUUGCACCAUCAGCGCGGUUGAACUUAACCUCGCAAGCAUACCAAGCGCUUUUCCGAGCAACAGUGAUAUGAAAGCGCGUUACGCACCGCCUCAACCUGAUGCAGACACAUUCGCCACUCAGCAAGCCUUUUUGGACUACCUAAUACCUGUACCAAUCGAGAGUGUCGACGAGGGUAGCAAGAAGUGUCCCAUCUGUUGGAAACCCUAUGGCGAGGCAGCCGACCCUGGUUUCGACAACUCAGAGCAGCCCGUCCGUCUCAAGUGCAGGCAUACGUUCGGCAACAAGUGCAUGCUUGCCACCUUUGCGGUUCCUGGGACUUCGACCAUUCCUCUCGAACCUCUUGCCUUCGUUCCAGGAUCUAGAGGCUACCAGUUGGGUCGCCAUUGGAGCUCUGUUUUCCAAGAGCUGCGUCGCCGAACAGAAAAGAUUUCAGGAUGUCGGAAUAUCAUACUUCUAGAGAACGCGAUAGUACUGGAUGCUCAUCUUCAUGAUACCCGAACUUUAGGAUCCUUCUAUGAAGGUUCUGGCAUGUGGAAUAACUCGCCCAUCGCACAACCACUCCCCAGCAACAACCUUCCGUUCCUGCAUCCUAGUCGAUACACGUUCCACACUCCGGAAGGCUCUUCAGAUACCCAGGGCCCUGUCUCAAAGUUGAAGAAAGACCGUGAGGAUAGGAUAGCCAAGAUGCUAAAGGCCGAGCGCGACUUGCAAGAGCGCAACGAGCGACAUCUGGAUAGUAUGCUGGGUGCAGAGUUGAGCCGAGUCUAUUCAGAGUACAUGAGACACCAUGGCACUGAGAAAGAGCCCGAACAGUCAGAGACAUAUCGAGAGCAGUACUUCGUAGAUGCUCACAUCUCGGUACACAAAAAGAAUCCGAAACAAUCAUCUUUUAGAAUCGAGUCAUUGGAUCGAUUCUUGGCGCAUAGCCCGGAUGACGCUACAGGCGACGACAGCGACGCAGAAGACGAAGAAAGCGAUCAUGUAAGCGGCACUCUUCUAUCAAGACUGUUCCCAAUUAUCAGCCGUAAGAUGUGCGAGCACUGUUGCACCGAACACACGACCGUUCCUCCGUCGGUACCUGUUCCAACUUCGCUAUGGUGGAAGGACUCGCGCGAGAUCCUCGAUGAUUGUCCGAUUUGCCACAAGAUAUUGUUUCACAAAGAUCUCUUGCAGCUGUUGCCCAACUCAGAUUGCGAGAUUUCAGGCCCAGGUGACUACGGUGGCAAGAUCGGAGAUAAAAAGGUGAUCUAG